AGAGACUAAGCCCCGCCCCUCGCCUGAGGUGGGAAUCCCCAAAACAGUGAGAGAAAGCCUGCCCGACGAAGAGGAAAACAUUUUGGCUUUAGUUUGUUUGCAAUCAACUUGUCUCGGCUAUAGUGACUCGUUUUGCCACUCGGUGGUGGCUAUACGAGAGAUGGAUUCAAACCUGGACGACUUUUCUCUGAGCCAUGAGCUCAAGCUAAGCCAGGAAUCUUUCAGUAAUAUGUGGGACACCUACAUGACACCCUCUCUCCCGACUGAAAAUGACCUGCCUCUCACAUCUGUUGAGGAGAAUGACAUGCCUUGCAUCAACCAGCUCACAGACUUGUCAGAUCAAUUUGACGAAAAACUGUUCGAAAUAACCUCGGCGGCGUUUGGCAAUGAAGGCAUCGCCCCACCGGGCUCCACUGUGCCGGUCACCACUGACCAUCCUGGAGAAUACGGCUUCACGCUCCGCUUCCAGAAGUCUGGAACGGCCAAAUCGGUCACAUCCACUUUUUCCGUGAUGCUCAACAAGCUGUUCUGCCAGCUAUCCAAGACCACUCCGGUGGAAAUUCAGGUCCGCAAGGAGCCACCGGUGGGUGCCAUGAUUAGAGCCAUGGCGGUCUACAAGAAAACGGAGCACAUUGGCGAAGUAGUACGCCGAUGCCCCCACCAUAAGAACCAGGACGCCGCAGAAAAUAGCAGCCAUCUGAUCAAAAUGGAGGGCAACCAAAGGGUGCAGUAUUUCGAGGACCAAGACACCAAGAGGCAGAGUGUCACCGUCCCCUAUGAGACCCCCCAGUUGGGCUCUGAAAUGACGACCAUCCUGCUGAACUUUAUGUGCAACAGCUCCUGCCCGGGUGGUAUGAACCGCAGACCCAUCCUCACGAUUUUGACACUGGAGACCCCCGACGGAAUGGUUUUAGGCCGGAGUUGUUUUGAGGUGCGCAUUUGUGCGUGCCCCGGCCGGGAUCGUAAAACUGAAGAGGAGAACAAGACCCAGGCGCAAAGUGGCACCAAGAAAACCAAGAAACAAAAGAGCGCCCCAGCAGCAACCAGCCCCUCCGUUAAGCGGCCUAUUCCCACCUCCAGCAUGGAGGGAGAUGAUGAUGAUAUUCUACUUUUGCCAGUUCGCGGACGCAAGCGUUAUGAAAUGCUUAAAGAAAUCAACGAAGGCCUUGAACUACUGGACAAGAAAAAAAAGAAGCCGAAUACUGUUGUGGAUGCUGAAAUGCCGUUACCCUCAAGUGGAAAGCGACUCUUGGUCAAAGGAGAGCGCAGCGACACAGAUUAAAAAGGCUGACCCCUCCAAAAUUAUGAUUGGGGGGAAGACAAAAAAUGACUUUUAUUUUUCUAUAUUUCUACGCCAUUCCAUUUUUUUGUAUUCUCAGAUGUACUUAUGUGUAAUCUGACUCAAUAAACAUUAUAUG